AUGCUUCGUCUGUGGUUCUUCUUAGGGCUCUUGCUCCUCGCUCAGGCCUCAAGGCCCGCCCCGGGCCUGGGUAUGGGCAAACCAUGUCGUAUCGGAGGCCCGGCAUGCCAACAGACCCUGUUCUGCUGCACGGAUCCGAACGUCAGGAACAGCGUUACCGGCGUCUGUAGGCACGUUUUACAAAAACCAGGGCUUCGUUGCGGCAACAAUCGUGGA